AUGCUAGAACGCCCACCCCCACACUCCGUCCAAGCCAUCCGCGCCAAGCGCAAGGGCGGGAAGAAAGUCCCCAAGAAAUACCGAAAGUACCACACCGCUCACACGAACAAGAAGGAGAAGGGAAAGAAGAAGUCGGGCGGGCAGAUGGCUACCAGGGCCUUUAGUGCCCUGAGGAGGAUCAUAGAGCACGUUGUUAGCAGCCUGCCGUAG